AUGUCCAAGAAACAUCUAUUAAAGAAAACAAUUGAUAUUAUUAAAAGAGUUGACAUACAAAAGUCACCUUGGAUAAAAUUAGAGAGAAUAUUUUACAAGAACUCAGGAAAUAAUUCAGGAUUCCAUGAUAAUGAUUUCAACAUCUCUGAGGCGCAAAAGUGCAACGAAGAUGGUUCACCCAUUCUUAUAGACAAAACUAUUCGUUAUUGGGAUGUUUAUAGUAGAAAUAUUGACCAAAGUGCAAAGGUUCAUUCAGCUACGGCUAUAGCUUUCGCUUUCAAAAAAAGUUAG